UGACACUCUCGAUGGUGCGUUGCACCAACGCUGGUGCCGGCCCUCCGCGAUGGACGCCUCAGGUGAGGAUCCGCCCUUUAGCCUUGCUUGGCUGCGAAGUUUGCGGAAGGAAUUUGGACCGAACUUGUUGAUGGUCUUGUUUUCCGUCCAGCACCUCAUCAAGGGCUUCGUUGCAAAUCUCAGUGGCCGGGCCACGCCAUACCUCUUCAAAUCUUUCCAUGUGCCAGCACAGGAGGUUCAAAUUUGGAAGACUUGUAUCUUCUCUCCAUACAUCCUCAAGCCGAUCUUUGGUUUGAUCAGCGACCUUCUUCCAAUCUGGGGCUUUCACAAGGGACCUUAUUUGUUUGUGGCAAGUAGUGGUGGCGUGGCUGCUGCGUUGGCCCUUGGCCUUGGGAUCAACACUGCGUCCCUGGCAUUCUUGGUUGUUUCCCUCUUUCUGGUGGAGCUUUGCAUUUGCAUUGGGGAUCUCCUGACAGAAGCUCUGUAUGCUCGCCAGAUGCAGGACCAUCCAAGACUUGGCCAAAGCCUUCUGACCUAUGUAUUUGCAGGAAUGUCCGCAUGGUCUUUGCUGGGCAAUUUGUCUAGUGGCUUUAUGCUUUCGUAUUUGGGAGCACACGGCACAUUUCUUGCAUUGGCACCUGCAAUUGCACCUGCAGUGCUAACAAGUGCUGCCGUUCCGGAGGAAGCACAGAGUGCCGAAGCUGUGCGGGCGAAGCGCCUCGCUUUUUGGCAUCAGAAAGAAGCUUGUGCCUUAGCUUUCUUGCUCCUGAGCGUCUCUUUGUUGAUGAGCCUGACGGCCAUCACGACGAAAGACCCCGCGGUCAACGCUCUGAUGGCAUUGCUGGCAGCUUCUCUUGUUAUAGGGAGUUUUUCCAUGGUACUGUCGCCGGUGAUUGCAAAGUUUAGUGUUUUUACGCUGGUGCAAACCUCCUUGCAUCUCUCCGUCAGUGCUCCUGCAUUCUAUUUCCUCACGGAUGACGAAGAGGAAUUCCCACAAGGACCGCACUUCUCACCAUUGUUCUACAAUUCCUGUCUUGGAUGCAUAGGUGGCAUGAUGACUCUUGUGGGCUUGUACAGUUACAACCGCUUUGCUUCAAUGAUCUCCUAUCGGAGAAUGAUUGUCGCCUCGAAUCUCGCGUUCUCCUUGCUACACCUCACUGACAUGGUGCUCUUCUCGCGGCUGAAUGUGAAGUUGGGAAUUCCGGACGUCUUCUUCGCAUUUGGCAAUCAGUCCUUGGGCGUGAUAAUCUAUCAAUGGCUUUGGAUGCCACAGGUGGCCCUUUUCUCGCAGCUGUGUCCCAAGGACAUGGAGGCGACGAUGUUUGCCCUGGUGGUGUCAUGCCACAACCUUGGCGUGGCAGUGGCAAGUGCUACAGGUGCAUGGCUUCUGGCGAUGCUGAAAUGCAAUCCACGUGGAAGACCAGAUGAAUCAAAGGAGUUUCAGAUGCUUUGGUUGGCUUCUGGAAUUUCCAGCAUGCUGCCUCUCUUCAGCAUUUUUGCACUCUUCUGGCUCAUCCCCAACGUGCGCCCUGCAGAACCGAUCGAACUUCGAGGUGACGGCACAGCAGGCUCACUCUGGAACCAGUGGAGAAGUCAUCACAGCGAGCUUCUUGAAGCAUGUUAGACCGCUGUGGACGAAGCCGACGAACGAGGCAGGUUCCUGUCUGUUCCAAGUGGCAGGACGAGUUCCGCUGGAGAAAGCCCAGAGGAGUAAGAAAUGGCGAUGUUGAUGUGAAGGGAUGGAUGAUGGCUGGAUGAGUGGCGUGGAUCUAUAUUUAUGUUUAUGUGGCGUGAUGUGGCGUGAUUUGAGCCCGACAACAACGAGGAGGCUGCGCGAAGCCUCAAGCAGCCUCCUCUGAAGGAUGAACGCAGGUGAAAACACCCGCCUGGCCGCAGACUGCAGACCACCGCGCGACAAGCUGCUGAACCACACGGUCGGAGGAUGUCCUCGCGGCAGGCGCACCGUUGAUGGAGGCUUUCGCGACAGGGCGUUGGCAGCGGAAUCGCGGCCAGCGGAAUCGCUUUGUGAACGGAAUCCGUUUUCAGCGAGAAAGCGAAAAGGCUUGAUCAGAGCUGGAGUCUGUUGCAUCCAACCUGCAAUGGCCUCCUAAUAGCAAAAGGAACCCAAUAGCGAUGGACUCCAACUUACUAGCCUCCAACCUACUGACGAUGGCCUCCAAACCUUUUUUUGACCUUGGGUGUGUUUUUCGUUGACCUUGGCCAAAAGUCACAAGUGUUUGGGCCGCGCUUCGUGUGUCAGCAGCUGUUUGAGCUGUUCAGCUUCGCAGUCGUUUUUCUUCAUGCACUGCAUUGAGGGUUGAUGGCUGGUGGAAUUUGCAUCGGCCCUGGCUGGUCAUCAUCCAGACCAGCCCUCUGAAUCUAGGAUCCUCGAUUCAGAGGACCUGUAGGGGUGCUCUGAAGGGACGUUGUGCGAGCGAGCACCGCUCAGUCGCGGAGCGCUGAUUAACAACAUCUCGUAAUUGUAUUUUUUUGGGGAGUGCUGCAGCGUCCUGUUGAAC